UCCGGGACACUGGCAGGAUAGAUAAAUAUCCAGAUCUUUGCACCCUUUAAUCUGUUGUUAUCCAACAUCAGGACAUCUCAAGUCAACCUUAAACCCUGUUUCUUUGAAGUUCUCUUAAGUAUCACAGCUCUCUCAGAGUAACUCAAGUGUCUGGCUUUCUCAGCCUCUAUCAAAGAUCACAGCACUUCACAUUUGGAUUUACACAUUUAAUCCAAGAUGGUCUACAAAUGAUCUGAACAGAUGAUGGUUAAAGGACCCGAAAGAGUUUUGAACCACUAACAUGACCUUCCAGUUGCAAAGAAUAUGCAAUGGAAAGAAUUUCACUGUGCUGAAAUGUUCAGUGUGACAAAUUAAGGCUUAUCUUCUCUUUCAGAUGCCACAAAUGGAUGUCCCUCUGCACCCCAAACUCAGAGGACAUAAACACUAUUCCUAACGGUUUGAUGUCUAUCAAGCUCCUAACAUACAGAAAGUGCCAAGCUCCUUGUCAGAUGACCAUCCCAAAUGAUUUUCCUUUUUUAACUGAAUGUCAUGUUUGCAGUUGAAGCUACUGAUCCUAGUUACAGCUAAAAUUGUAAUUCAUGUGAAACAACUGCAUGUUUGUGACUGGUUUCAGUUUUGGGAUGAGGAGGUUGGUACCCUAACACUGCUGAACUCUGGUUCCUCCCAAGGUUUCUUUCACCCAGCUCUUCCUGAGGAAGUUUUCCCUUUCCUCUAUUCCUUUAAGUGUUUUUUUACAGAGUAAAAUUCAGCAGGAACACAGCUUGUAUUUGUAUUAUUACAGCUAUUUUGUUUCAACUCAGUGGGUUAAACAAACCAAAUCCUAAACAUAAUGUAAUUUAACUAUUCCACUACAGCUGGCCUACACAACGAAAGUGCUGGAACCUUCCUGUUUGAAGUGACCUCAGGCGAAUUCAAAAACUGACCUCAGAUUAGCAUUAAACCCUACAGCUCUGUGUUCCAGCUCAACAGGUGGUGGUUAUGCUACGACCAUAAGCUCUUUGAAGGUCAUGAAUGAGGUCAGUGAUGGCCUUUAACAAGGAGAGUCAAAGAGCCAGACGGUUAGACCACGUUUGAUGUCACUCAGAUGUCUGUGUGAGCUGAGAUCAGGUUUGAUUUUCCCCAUAAUGACCUAGUUUAGCUAUACACCAGGGGAAAGCUGGUCUGUGAUCAGUUGUUAAUGGAGGUAGGGAAAAAAAAGGUCCAAAAAAUCGACAGAGACGGGAGGAUUUUGGGUGGGCGAUCUUAUCAUGAUUGGCUGUGAUGGAUCUUACACUGAGGUUUCCCCCGUAUAUAAAUACAUCCACAGUAACCCACAGUGUUUAUCAGGGAAGAGAAUGUCCAUUUGGUUAUCAAGUUCCUUCAAAGAGGAAUGAUGUGGAUCCUUCGAAAAGUCCAAGAGAGUGCCGAGAACAUUCCAAUGGAGAUAAGCCGCCUUGUGGGUAAAAGCUCAGACGAGAUCUCAGCAAAGGCAAACCUUCUCAACAAAAUCCAUAGAAAUGUUCUGACCCCAGACAAAAUUCCUGACUUCUUCCUGCCUCCCAAGCUGAGUAGAUGCUCUUUAGUUGCAGUAGAGGGCAUCGUUUCUCACUGCUUUGAUGAAACUGGAACCAACUUCAAUCAGACCAUUCAAACAAAUUCUGGCACAACUACUAAAGUGUUAAAGACUGAUAAAAACAAGGGUGCCACGGUGGCCAUAAGAGGCCAAAUAAAGACAAUUCCGUUUUCACUGAAAAACUAUGAGUCUGGUUUUUUCGAGAGUCCAAACACUCGCCGCAAGGAGUCAUUGUUUCACUCUGCGUUUUCCAGUUACACGCUUGAGCGGGUAACCAACAGGGUAAUGCCCUCCAUAAAACUGCCCUCCAUAACACUUCUGAAAGUGGGCAGCUUGGAGAGUGACACCAGUUCUUCUGCUGACUCCUCACCUCACAGCUCACCACUUCCAAUCAGGAGCAAACAUGAGAUUCAUUCAUCAAAAGAGUCUCUUCUUAAACAUGAUUCACUGUGCACUAAAAACAAAGAUGACAAGAUCAAAUUCCAACCUGCUUCAACUUUAGCACCACCUCUUCAAUUCCCACUGGACAUGCUACAUUGUCAGGAACGCCUCCAUAGUGAGCACGUCCUCCUUCUCCCUCGCAGGGGCUGCGUUCGUCUCUCUGCUUCUCUUGCCAACAUGGAUGGAGAUUUAUCUACCGUUAGAAUCCGGGUGAUCUCUGUGGAGGAGCUGCGUGAACCCGGUGAUCCCCGACCACUACACUGUGGUCUCACCUUGAGCCUGAGUCCAGGCAAAUUGCAGCGGCAGCACAGCGCUAUCAUCAGGAACAGCCGCAACCCCGUGUUCAACGAGGACUUCUUCUUCACAGAGCCAGAAGGAGAGGAACAAGGGCUAAAGAACUUUGCUGUCAGGGUGAAGGUGCUGGAGAAGAACUCUAACCUGGGAAGGGCUUCAGUGCUCGGAGUUAUCAUCAAGCCACUCACUGAGCUACUAGCAUUGUAAAAACAAUACUGAAAAAGUAUCUUUCCAUCAUGAAACUUUGAUGGUCAAACCAUAGAAUGCUGAAUUCUAUAAGAAAAAUAACCAAGUAAGGAAACCAGCUGCCUCGCAGCUCCAGGGUCUAGAGACCAAUCCUGAGCUCCGGUUAUUAUCAACGUCUUCACUGUUUUGUAUGGGUCCUCUCUCCCACCCACCCAUCUCCCCCCACACUCCUAAAUUUGCCCUAGUUGUAAAUGAGUGUGUGAUUGUGUGAAUGUGUCUGCAUGUUGCCCUGUGAAGGAGUGGCAUCCCAUCCAGGGUUGUGUCCAGCAUUCUGUACAGACCACAUCAUCCUGACCAGGAUAAAGCACUUAGACAUGAUGAAUGAAAGAAUAAAUGAAUAUUUGCCAUCUAAAGGAUCGUUCAUUUUUUUUAUGUUCUUUUCCAUAAAUAUUGCUCAUACUGUGUUACCGUAUAGCAAAGACAAAAACAUAGAUGAAGAUACAAUCGGACUUACAAAAAGAACGUGGAUUACAUGGAUUUGAUGUUUGAAUAAUUUAUGUUGUUCACUGCAAAGAAUUAAAAUGAGAACGUGUGCAUAUCUGGUCAUGUGAUCUUUAAAGAAGAACACAGGCAAAUAUUCAAAGCUAGAAUGUUGAUGUACAUGUAUACAUAGCUGUUUAUCAAUGUUAUGAAUGUCACUGUGUGUUCUUGGUUGAGAUGAAAUAUACAGUAUUAAACCCCUUAUGCAUAUGUAAAUAUUAGAGAUUUGACUGAACACAGAGUUCAUGUACAUUAAAAACGCUUAUAUUUCCUGUUUUGUUAUUUCUGAAGAAAAUGAAGUGUUUUGUC